CAAGUGGGUCCACCACUGUGCUAAAAUGAAAAAACGAAGCUGCCGUCGUUGAGUGCACCUGCACUAUUUACACGAUUACCAAAUUGUUUAACUCCAGCCAAAAAAAACCGAAUUGUACAACUCCAAGUGAAAUAGAAUCUAGUGAAAAUGGUGAUGGAAGUUUUGAUCAAAUGUGCCAAUUUUGCUGCUAUUAAACACAAAGAUCAGAGAAGGAAAGAUACAGAUAAGACACCAUACAUCAAUCAUCCUAUAGGUGUCGCUUAUAUUUUAACUGAAGAGGGAGGAAUAGCAGAUCCUGAGGUAAUACAGGCAGCGCUGUUACACGACACUGUAGAAGACACUGAAUGCACACUAGAUGAAAUAAAGGAACAUUUUGGAGACCAUGUUGCAGGAAUUGUGGAUGAAGUGUCUGAUGACAAGACAUUACCAAAGAUGGAGAGAAAGCGGCUGCAAAUUGAACAUGCAUCAAGCUGCAGCCCACAAGCCAAAUUGGUUAAAUUAGCUGACAAAUUGUACAACCUGAGAGACUUGAACUGUUGUACCCCUGAAGGCUGGUCCGAAGAGAGGGUCACUGAAUAUUUUGAAUGGGCAGCUAAGGUUGUUAAGGGACUAAGGGGAACCAACAAAACCUUGGAGAAUGAACUUGAUAAGUUAUUUAGAAAAAGAAACAUAAGAUUCGCAGAGGAGGAUGAAAAUGGUGUUUGCUGAACAUAAUUGAAGUCAUCAAGUGCUUUGGUCUGUUCAUUGGCUUUCAA